AUGUCACUUUUAAAUUCAAUUUGCUCAUUCUCUGGUUUAAAUAGAAAUAAUAAUAAAAAUGCCAAAAAUAUAAAUUCAAAUAUUUUUAAUAAUUUUAAUAACCAAUCUACAAAUAAAAUUGCCGGUUCCGACUAUAUGAUGUUCGAAAGUAGUGGAAAUGGAUAUAGAAAAACUAGAGACGGGGUUAUUUAA